UAUGUCUAUGGAAAUUUGACAGUGACAGCUGAUAGAAGUUCAUUGACAUGAGUGACAAGACAAAACAAAAUGUCUUUCGUGUUUUCAUUUAGGAAUAUUUAAAAUAUUACAAUGAAUCCUAGCUUCCAAUAGCUAUAUGAGUAUUUCUGCAAUCCCAUACAGUACAGGUUUUUCGGUUGAUUGUUUUGAGGUUAUCCCGGCCGCCAUGGAUUCUUGUAUCGGGGUUGAACAAGAUUUGGACAAAGCAUUAACUAAAUUUAAUGGUUUACACGAACACGCAAACAAGUGCCUCGAGGAUGUUAUUAAACAGGUUGAAGAGCUGAAGAAAGAAAUAGCCAAUCAGCCUGCAAACUCAGCGCUAUCACAAGAGCAGUCCGCGGCCGUGAGCGAGCUGGUGGCCUCCAUCAAGCAAAAUGUUUCUAAUCUCUCUACAGAUCACAGAGAGCUGCACGCGACGGUGUCCCGAGUGGGCAAGUCCAUCGACCGUCACUUCAUUGCGGACUACGCGUCCGUGGCCCCCAAGGCCGAGAGCUUCUGCAAUGAUGCCAAUCGGCCUAUCAUGGAGCAGGCCAUAGCGCAACAUCUAUACCGACAGGGUCUCGAAGAGGCCGGUGACGCGUUCGUGGCCGCCUCGGGCUGCGGGCCGGUGGCGCGAGCGUGCACGUUCGCGUUGCUGCAGCGCUGCGCCGCCGCGCUGGCCGAGGGCGACCCUUCCGCCGCGCUAGAGUGGGCGGAGCGACACGCGGCGGACUUGCAGCACAGCCCGUUGCCUUUCACUCUACAUCGUAUGCAAGCCUUAAAGCUGGGCCGCGAGCAGGGCGUGGGCGCGGCCAUAGAGUACGUGCGCGCGGUGUUCCCGGCGCACGCGGCGCGGCACGAGCGCGCGCUGCAGGCGGCCGUGUGCGCGCUCGCGUGGUGCGCGCCCGCCGCGCCGCCGCCGCCGCCGCACUACCGACACCUGCUCGACCCCAAGGCGCUGGGCGCGGAGGCGGGCGAGCUGUUCGUGCGCGAGGCGUGCACGCUGCUGCGGCUGGCGCCGCUGUCGCCGCUGGCGGGCGCCGUGCUGGCGGGCGCGCGCGUGCUGCCCGCGCUGCUCGACCUGCGCGCCAAGAUGACGCACCCGCACGUGGUGGCCGCCUGGGCCGACGAGGAGCUGCCGCUCGAGUUCAUAAACCUGCAGGUGGACCUCGGCGAGGACGGUGGCGGCUACCACUCGGUCUUCGCCUGCCCCAUACUUCGCCAACAGGCUUCGGAGCACAACCCUCCCAUGAGGCUGUUAUGCGGUCAUGUCAUCUCGAGAGAUGCGCUCAAUAAACUCGCCAUGGGCGUGAAGUGAGUAACUUUACAGUCACAAGUCUAUUACUCCGUCUUCGUCUGCCCCAUACUUCGCCAGCAGGCUUCGGAACACAACCCUCCCAUGAGGCUGUUAUGCGGACAUGUCAUCUCGAGAGACGCGCUCAAUAAGCUCGCCAUGGGCGUGAAGUUGAAAUGCCCGUACUGCCCGAUGGAGCAGUCACCGUCGGAAGCCCGCCAGAUCUACUUCUCCUGAACGCGCGUUGUCGUCAUAAUAAAGUAUGCAAACUACUCUUCAACCACUACUGUCUGCCAGUUUUACCAACCUGACAAUUGGACGGAAUUGUCAUUGUCAAGU